UGCCUUAGUUGCUGCGGCUGCGGCGGCGGCGGCCCCGGUGGAGGUGUAGUCCACGGAGCGGAUGUUGACAUUGUGUGUCUUUAUGGCCUGAUGGUAAUGGCGGCUGCAUUGACGACUGGGACUCCGUCUACCCCACUGUAGUACCCCUGGAGAGCCAGCGAGGGAGUUAAGCGAGCUGAGCCGUACCCCACCUUGGGCGCCUGAGGUAGCGGCGGCCUCGACUCUCCCCUUCACCGUUCCGCCGCUCUCUCACUCCAGCCCCGGGACUCUAGCCCUUCUUGGGCCGGGGCGGGGAGGGGGAGGGCCUGCGAGGCCUCAGCAUGGCGGAUUUUGAUGAGAUCUACGAGGAGGAGGAGGACGAGGAGAGGGCCCUGGAAGAGCAGCUGCUGAAGUACUCGCCGGAUCCCGUGGUGGUUCGCGGCUCCGGUCACGUCACCGUAUUUGGACUGAGCAACAAAUUUGAAUCAGAAUUCCCUUCAUCAUUAACUGGAAAAGUAGCACCUGAAGAAUUUAAAGCCAGCAUCAACAGAGUUAACAGUUGUCUUAAGAAGAACCUUCCAGUUAAUGUCCGUUGGCUACUUUGUGGUUGCCUUUGUUGCUGCUGUACAUUAGGUUGCAGUAUGUGGCCAGUUAUUUGUCUCAGUAAAAGAACACGAAGAUCGAUUGAGAAGUUAUUAGAAUGGGAAAACAAUAGGUUAUACCACAAGUUAUGCUUGCACUGGAGACUGAGCAAAAGGAAAUGUGAAACGAAUAACAUGAUGGAAUAUGUCAUCCUCAUAGAAUUUUUACCAAAGACACCGAUUUUUCGACCAGAUUAGCAUUUGCUUUAUUUAUAGAGACUUAUCCAAGUAUGUUGUCUUUCCAAUGGUGCCUUGCUUGGUGCUCUCCUGGUGGUGACAUAGCAUUGGUUCUACAGAAUCUUGUGGUGUUUUUUUUUUUUUUUUUUUUAAUAACCGCAUGUUCUAAGUGUGCAUUUUUGUCAGACUUUGCAACAGUUAUUUCAUACAGAUGUUAAAUAAUUAAGUUAUUGUGCUUUUUUCUGUUAAUGUAUCUUGAUUUUCAAAGAUUGCUUUUUUUGUAUUAUCAAAAAAAUACAUUUGAACACAGCCUAAAAAUGACCAGGCCUUUUUUUUUUUUUUUUUUUAAAUUUUUAACUUAAGGUUCAUGAUCCUUUCAUUGUAAAUUCUUUUAACAUAAAUACACUUCCUGUGACUCUGUGUGUAUCAUUUCCAGUAGACAUAACUUUAUUUUAUAUUUUUUAUUUCUCAAUUUAAUCAAGGUAUUCCUUUUUCAAAUAGUGAAUUUUCUGUACUAGUCUUUUUGGGAUUUAAAUCCCCAUUCCCCAAAUCCAGCCCCCAGUCCUCCCCUCUAUUCCAAGUAGGCAUAUCUGUGUUCAUUCACAUGGAUAAAUCGUAUCAAAUUGUUCUGAAAAUAUUCUGUGUUCAAUGUUGUUAAAACAGACAUUGAAUCAUUUUGUCUAGAGUAGGAGAAUUGAUUAAAGGUAUGCAUGCAUCUAAUGGUUACUAGAGCUCAGGAUCACAGAAAACAUAGUAGCAUCACAACUUACAUAUAUCUUUAUUCAAGGUUAUAUCUUUAAUGAUGGCCUUACUUGGGUUACUUUUUAUUGUUUACCAAAUUAUAUGUGCAAAGGUGCAGAAAUAUUCAUUUUUAGUAUUUGUCUAAGGAACACAUUUUCCAUGCCAUCCUAUUUGCAUUCCUAGAUUGGAUAAUCUUAAAAACAGUCUUGAAAAAUUGAGUAAUGGCAACAAAUGUAGGCAGUCAUCUAAUCUCCAAAGGAUAUUCAAAACAGGAUUUAUAGGACAAUAUUGAGAACUUUAAGAUAUGGAGAAGAUAAUUUGUAUACAUGGUGGUGAGUUCUUUUAAGAUUUUGAUCCAUUAGAGUGACUUAAUUUUCUGCACAAUUAUUUAAGGCUUUUUUUAAAAAUGGGGAUGUUACCUAUUUUUUGAGUCAGGCCAGUUAUAUUCAUUAUAACAUUUUUUUCCUUUUGGUUGUACAUACCCUUCAUGCAUUUAAAAUUAAAAAUUUUUUUUCAGUUG